UGCUCAAGAGUUAGAUUCGAGACGAGCAUUUGCGUUUUCUCAUUUUCUCAUUUUCUCUCUCUCAAUCGUUUCCUUCUAGCAGUUGCAAGUUUGAACUUUGAAAUGUUAUAAAAGCGGCAAAAGAAAAGAGAGAGGUAGGGUUGGAAUUGAGAAAAGAGAAAUGGCGGCAGAAUCAUCAGAGGGCGAAGAAGAAACUAAAUUGAGCGGAAGCUACCAAUUGCUCACAAUCCCCGAUGACUUAACGGAAAUGGGAAAGAAAGCCGCUUGGAGUGUCAGUUCCUGCAAACCCGGUAACGGCGUUUCCUCUCUCCGUGACGACAACUUCGAUACCUAUUGGCAAUCUGACGGCGCCCAACCCCAUUUGGUUAACAUUCAGUUUCAAAAGAAAGUUAGACUUCAAUUAAUUGUGAUGUACGUGGAUUUCAAGCUUGAUGAGAGUUACACGCCGAGCAAAAUUUCCAUCCGUGCCGGUGAUGGCUUUCACAACUUGAAGGAGAUUAGAAUCGUGGAAAUUGUGAAGCCAGUUGGGUGGGUUUAUAUAUCCUUGUCUGGAUUUGAUCCUCGGGAAACCUUUGUGAACACUUUCAUGUUGCAAAUUGCUGUGUUGUCAAACCAUCUCAAUGGAAGGGAUACUCAUGUGCGGCAGAUCAAAGUUUAUGGGCCUCGACCGAACCCUAUUCCGCAUCAGCCAUUUCAAUUUACUUCAAGGGAGUUCAUCACCUACUCUUCAAUAAGAUGAGUGGUUAUGGAAGGAAUUAAGAAGUCAACCCAGUGUUAAAUUCAAGAAUCACUAGACACUGAAAUGUCAAAGUAUACUUCACUUCGAUAUUCAUCUUAAAAGUUGUCAUCAGUAAAUGUAACUAUUAGUGAUUCAGUACCCUAUGUGUCUUGCAAGUAUUAAUAAUUUGUUUAGAUUUGCAAGUGCUCUGUAGUAGCUACAGAUUCGGGGUCUGGCUUGCUUGAAGGGUAUUCUAUAUUCAUUAACAAAAUGAUAUUUCCUUCGUGUGAAUUAUUUAUCA